AUGUGGAUUAUUAUUGUAGUUGUUGUUGUUAUAAACCCAUUAGUUAUUAUCUAUUUGUGAUCUAUUUUGGCCCUCCAGGUGAUAUGUACGCCUGCAGGUGACCGCAUUAAAUCUGAGUACUUGCUGUCAGUCUGUGUUGCAACUGGAAAAAUGCGGCAUUUCACAAGGAUAAAAGCAGUAAGGAUUGGUACCGUUGCUAUGAAUACAAACAAACCUCGCUGUGCCUCACACUCUUUUAUUUCUAUCCCAUUAGACUCGGCCUCCCCCUUCUCUCUCCCUCCCUCCCCUCCUCUAAUGUUUUCCUGCGCCGGUUGCCGGGGCGACAGAAGGCGUUUCCCAGCGAUUUAAGGGUACCUCUCACGCUGUUUCCUCACACAGCUCAGACUGCCGCCGGUCUCCCUGCACGGCAACAGGCGGGAGGGAUUCCCCUGCUCGUCGCCUCUCUGUCUUCCCCGUUGAAACAGCUUCCAAUCUGUCACAACUUGCUACUUGUCUUUUUCUUUUUUUUUCCCCCCUCUUUUCCACCGGCGCGCCCAUCUAGCGGCGGCAUGUUCGGGGGCCAAAGUGCGGCGUGCGGCGCGGAGCAGAAACUUUAAAACAUUUCUGACGGGGGAUUUUAUUCUACCCAGAUCCAGUGCAGUCCGCGGCAAGAAUACUUAGGAGUCCGCACACAGAUUCUAACUGAUGAGGCAGCCUCCAAAUGACGUCGAGAUGGCUUGUGGCACGCUUCUCCCAUCUAUUUCCACGUUUGCCAGCGGUCCAACUGACAAGAGCAGAGCCAUAGGAGGUGCCUAUCUGAAAUGGAAGGAGGAGUUGUUCCAUCUUAAGAGAUCCAGUGUGCCAGAGAGAAGCAACUGCUGCGACCCAGACCACCCUACUGCCACCAGCAUAACAAGCACCGGCAUGUCCAAGAAGGACAUUGAGCCAGAUCUGGACUUGGACUAUGAUUUUAUUCUGUCCAACUCCAUCCUGCAGCAACAGCAGCAGCAGCAGCAACAGCAGGAGGAUGCCAUGGGGUGUAGCUCUGCUCAGGCCAUGUCAUCAUCUCCAGGUUCCUUCACCUCGUCUUACCAACUUCCCUCCCCUCAAGACACCACCAGUGAACUACUCUACACCAUCCCAGACAUCAGUGACGUUUCACCUUCUGGAGGCUUCGUGGCAGAACUCAUGAGGCCCGAUUUGGACCCCGCAUACCUCCACCCCCCUAGCCUCCAUGGCAAGUUUGUAGUAAAGACAACAAUGGACAUGAGAGAGUACUGCCAAGGCAUGAACAUAGGCAAGGCUUACGUUGGCACUGUGGCGGACUCUGCUACAUCGCAGGCCUCUCCAUCCUUCGUGUGCACCCGGAUAAAGCAGGAGAACCCCAGUAACUGCACCAUCUCACAGCCUAUGGACCUGCACCUGGCAGGGGUGAAUUCUCAUGGGCGAGCAGGCCAACAACAGCGCCCAAGCAACUUGGAUCUUCAUGGGUUUCCAGGGAAUGGGAGGACCAUGACCGGCACUAGGUUAUCUUCAUCCUCUUCCCUUUCUCCAGACAAUCCUCUCGGCCGGGAGCACCAGCUAGGCCACCCUCUCUCUCAGAUCCCGCUACCUCCGCAGGGGUACCACCAUGGUUCUUCUCAGGUUUUCACCUCCUACCCUCAGGGGGCGUCCAUGCAGUAUCCAGAGGGCAUCAUGAUCUCAAGCGGGGACUGCUUACCAGAGGAGCCGAAGCCCAAACGCGGUCGGCGCUCCUGGCCGAGGAAGAGGGUGGCGACACACACGUGUGACUACGUCGGCUGUGGCAAAACGUACACAAAGAGCUCCCACCUGAAAGCACACCACCGCACACACACAGGGGAGAAGCCUUACCACUGCGACUGGGAGGGCUGCGGCUGGAAGUUUGCACGUUCCGAUGAGCUCACUCGCCACUACAGGAAACACACGGGUCAUCGGCCAUUCCAGUGCCAGAAAUGCGACCGGGCCUUCUCCAGGUCGGACCAUCUCGCUCUCCACAUGAAGAGACACUUAUGAGAUGCGGACAAGGCGACAAAGGCUGAAGGCGCCAGUAUAUAUCUGUUUGCAGAAUUCCGAACAAACGCUUUUUGUUACCAAAUCUUGCCUUCAAGCUGAUGUCGAGCAACAAGACACGCUGUGGUGUUCAUGGCACAAAGAAAGAAAAAAAAGCAUUACUCCUUCAAGAGCCCCUCUUAGGUUGUGCAGGUGACUCCAUGAGGCCUCUCAGCCAGGGUUGUAAAACUUUAUGAAAAGGGACCAAACUGGAAUUUGUCUUAUUUAACCGACAAAACUUGGUGGACCAGGUGCCAGCGUCUUUUAACUGGAAAAUUCAGGGAAACCAGGAGCAACAGACAAAACAUCUCCAGAGGCCUUCUAGCAGUGAGCAACACAGCCAUCGCUGACUCUACUCCUACUACACACUGUUAAAACAAACUGUAUUAAUAAAGACAACAAUAUUUAUCAUCCCAUUUCACCUGCCAAAGCCAUUUAUUUUCAGGUACAAUGUUAAUUUAUACAGAAUGGUGCUGAGUAACACAGAAGGUUUCUUUUAGAAAUAAAAAGGUACCAAAGAUGAUGGACAAUACAUAAAAAAGGGUAAAACAUCGGAAAAAAAAAAAAAGUGCCAUAUAGUUUGUGUUUUCUUCCAAAAAGUAUGACUUCAGGUAAACACUUUUUAACAGCGAUGGCAAUCUACAACGCACUGCAGCUGCAAAGUGCAAUAAUUUAUAUGAAAUAUUCGUAUUUUUGUAUUGAAUGAGUAACUCUGAACAAAAAUGUUGUUUUUGUUUAUAGCCAAAAUAUGUAAUAUAAUGUUGAACUUUGUACAUUUGUACAUAAAAAAAUGUUUUGUUACUGUUUUGUAUUUUACAGUAUAAUGAAAUAAAAUGUAUUUGAACUAAGAAAA